GGAGCCAAGCAAAAAACGACCCUUCCAUUCCUUCCACAAACCCCAAUUCGAAUUGUGUAGUUGGAAAUGGAGUGGGUUCGAGGGGAUACGAUUGGCUCUGGAAGUUUCGGCACUGUCAAUUUGAUGGUUCUUAAGAAAAGCUUUUCAAAAUCUCCAUUGAUGGUGGUAAAAUCUUCUCAAACUGCCGGCUUUGUUUCUCUUCGGCACGAGAAGCAAGUGCUGGACCAGCUUGGUUUUUGCCCACAAAUAAUCAGUUGUUUUGGCGAUGAGUUCACCGUCGAGAAUGGUGAGAAGAAGUAUAAUUUGUUCUUGGAGUACGCUAAAAAAGGAAGCUUGGCUGACCGGGUUAAGAAAAGCGGCGGAAGCCUGACGGAAUCCGAUGUUAGAAGAUAUGUAAGAUCGAUACUUAAAGGGCUAAGCUUUGUUCAUGGCAAAGGGUUUGUUCACUGUGAUGUUAAACUUGAAAACAUUCUCUUGUUUGAUGACGGCGACGUCAAGAUAGCAGAUUUUGGAUUGGCGAAGAGAAACGGAGAAAAACAGAGGACGGUGGAAAUCAGGGGAACCCCUCUGAAUAUUGCGCCGGAGUCGGUUAAUUUAAACGUGUAUGAUUCGCCGGUGGAUAUAUGGGCACUUGGGUGUGCCGUGGUUGAGAUGAUCACUGGGAAACCAGCCUGGAAGUUUGAACCGGGAACAAGCGUGGCGGCUUUGUUGUUUAGAAUUGGGGUUGACGAUGAAUUGCCUGGAAUUCCUGCCGAGUUAUCCGAGGGUGGAAAAGAUUUUCUCGGAAAGUGCUUUGUUAGAGACCCGAAGAAACGGUGGACUGCUGAAAUGCUCCUGGAUCAUCCUUUUUUGGCUGGUGAAAAUGAUACUAUUGAAAUUAAUCCAUGUCAUGAAGAAGAAGAAGAAGCAUCGACAUCUGGGCGAUGCUGGUUUGAAGAAUUUUCAGAGUCACCGAGAUGUCCUUUCCAUUUUCCAGACUGGGUUUCAACUCAGUCGACAGCUUCUUCUCAAGAGAAUUCAAGCUUUGGUUCUUCGUUUUCAAGUUACGUUUCGUCACCCAUGGAAAGGAUUCGUGAAUUGGCUUGUGACGGCCCACUCCACUGGUCGAUUUCCGGGAACUGGAUCACCCUGAGUCUCCGGAUCGGAGAAACAUGUUCUUCUUCUUCUUCUUCUUCAUGUGACUCAGGGUUAACAUGUCAAACUUGCGCCGCCAAUGGGAAUACCCGACCCAGAUGCACCCGGAUUCAACCACUCCCCCCUACAUCUAAGGUAAAUGGGUUGCCAUUUAACAAAUAUUCUUGGCUCACAACCCACAACUCUUUUGCACUCAAAGGGGCAAAGUCUGAGACUGGGUCUGCUCUUCUUUCACCUACGAACCAGGAGGACUCUAUCACCAAUCAACUUAAGAAUGGGGUUCGUGGACUUAUGCUGGAUAUGUACGACUUCAAUGGUGAUGUAUGGUUAUGUCAUUCCUUUGGCGGCCAAUGCUUCAAUGCCACAGCAUUUCAACCUGCCAUUAAUGUGCUCAAAGAGAUACACGCGUUUCUAGAGGCAAAUCCAUCUGAGAUUAUUACCAUAUUUAUCGAGGAUUAUGUCGUAUCCACACAAGGCUUAACAAAAGUUUUCAAUGCAUCCGGUUUAAGUCAGUACUGGUUUCCUGUUUCAAAGAUGCCCAAGAAUGGUGAAGAUUGGCCAACCGUGGACGACAUGGUUAAGCAGAACGAGCGACUCGUCGUUUUCACCUCCAAAUCAGCUAAGGAGGCUUCUGAGGGGAUUGCUUAUGAGUGGAGAUACGUUGUAGAAAACCAAUAUGGAGAUGAUGGGAUGAAAGAUGGUUCCUGUCCAAACCGUGCUGAAUCAUCUCCUAUGAACACCAAAUCGAGAUCACUGGUUCUUCAAAACUAUUUCCCUACUAAUCCAAACGAGACGGCAGCGUGCGCGGAAAAUUCAGCUCCACUUGUUAGGAUGCUCAACACUUGCCAUAAAGCAGCUGGAGAUCGCUGGCCAAACUUCAUUACUGUUGAUUUUUACCAGAGGAGUGAUGGUGGAGGAACCGCAGAGGCUUUGGAUGUCGCCAAUGGACAUCUCACUUGCGGAUGUGACAAUAUAGCCUAUUGCAAGGACAACGGCACAUGCGAAGUCCCGCCAAUGUCGCCUCCUCCACCUGCUGCUGCUACUCCAACGACUAUAGAAAAUCCUUCACAGUCCAGCUCAAACUUUGCUAAUACGGAUGCCAGACCUGUCCAAGUGCGGUGGUUGUUGGCCACAAUUUUGACCAAAACCAUCUUAUUACAGAUAUGGUAAAUCAGUAGUUUGCCUGUUUAUGAUUAAUUUUUUUAGAUUUGAAGAUUCAAGUCACAUGGCUAUCAGCUAGAGAUUGGAAUAAAAGGUGAGUUGAUGUAGGUACCUUGAUUUGUAUUAACGAUAAAGACCAUCCAACUACGGCAAUAAAGAUUUGGCUGGUUGUCCCAAACUCA